GGGGCAAAAUAAUGGACCUGCUGUUCUUCUUAGCGGCCGUAUUUCUGGUGGCAGACGCUCAGGCCUGUCCAGAAGUCUGCGUCUGCGUGGCGAGGAAGAACUACACCCGUCACAUAGCGGACUGCUCUUACAAAGAUCUCCACGCCGUCCCCGCUGGCCUUCCCUCCAACACCACCACCCUGACGUUGUCCGUCAAUCACAUCGCCUCCCUCCAGGAAGACUCCUUCGUAGACGUCGGCAACCUGCAGGGCCUGUGGCUGACCUACAACGAGAUCAGCGCCAUCGGGAAAGGCACCUUUGGCUUCCUGGCACAGCUGAGGAAUCUGGACCUCAGCCACAACCAGAUUACGGAUUUCCCGUGGCAGGACCUGCGAAACCUGACCGUCCUGGAGCUGCUGAAGCUGAGCAACAAUCAUCUGGAGAAGGUUCCCCCGGAGGCCUUCUCCACCCUGAAGGCCCUGCGGUCCCUCUGGCUGAACGACAACAGGCUCGCCGUCCUCUCCGAGGGGACUUUCGACUCCAUGCCGUCGCUGUCCCUGCUGCAGAUCAACAACAACCCUUUCAAUUGCUCCUGCAAGGUCUGGUGGUUGAAACGGUGGCUCGAGAGCUCUCCCGUUUCCAGCCCGGAGAAGGAAUCCAUCACGUGCGCCACCCCUAAGGAGUUGAAAGGUCACGUCCUCGGCAGGACCCUGGCCCUAGACUGCAUGCUUCCCUCCGUCCGGUUGACCUACCGUUCCAGCCUGGACAACUCUGUCCUGCACGACGGACUCAGCCUUCUGUUGGACUGCACUGCCGUGGGAAAGCCACAGCCGGAGAUCGGUUGGAAGAUCAAGACGUCCGGCCAAACCGUAGCGAUCAACGGGCCGAAUGCGGAAGAAGGGGAAGGAGACAACUGGCUGGCGGACGCAAGGUCCGAGGAGAGCCCGGGGCGCUUUCUGGUCUUCAGGAACGGCUCCAUGGCCGUCUCGAAGUUCAGCAAGGCGGACGAGGGGAUCUACACUUGCCGGGCCGUGAAUGAUGUCGGGUGGCGGGAGGUCUCGGUCAGCGUGGCUUUGGGCAGCUCGGAGAACCCGGCGGAUGACCUCCUCCAGAACGACAUCCAAGCCAGCAAGCCCCGGUCCAAGUCCUGCGACAAGGAAGAACUUCCCCAGCCAGAAGAAAAGGUGGUGGUCAUCUACCUGACGCCGACGGUGUCCAAGAAGACCGCCAGCGGAAGCAUCCUGUGGGAGCCCUGGCCGUGGGGCAGCUGGUUUAUGCUCUUCUCACUUGCUUUGUGUACCUAA